GGCCAGACUUCGCCAUGGCUUCGUGGUGGUUGCUCGUGUUGCUGUCGUCACAAGUGAUCCUCCAGCAAUCCCCCGUAGAUGCAACGUUCGACAUCGGCCUCCGGUGGCUGCGUGGCGAGAGCACUCUCUUCACCGAAUUCUGGAACGCGACAACGACCGGCGUGACAACUGCAACCGUCGUUCCUCGGACAACGCCCCUGGACGUUAUCAGCACCGAGGAGGCGUUGGGUGGAAGGAGUACCGCAAUUCCCACCGUCGAUGUGGUCACCACGGCUCCUGCCAGCACCACCACCGUCGCCACUGCUGCUACCACGUUGACCACUGAACAGACCACCUUGACAACGGAAACCGACGCAAGCACCACGGCAACUACCGAGGUCUCGGUGCCGGGCGCCACACCCGUGUCGCUGGAUGACCUGGCGCUGCAGAUCGGCAACGUGCCCGAUCCGGUGCUGCAUAUGGUGGAAAACCGGGACGGAUCGCACUCUUUCGUGGUCAUCAGCGGACGCGACGAGUCAAGUGUAACCACUACGGAGGCCACUGCUGCGCCGGGUACCACUACACUUGCUACGGAAGCCACUACUACGCCGCCGCCUCAUACGACAUUAUCUGGCACCACGGUUCCGGCCGCCCCCAACACCACUUCUCCGUACCUGAUCCUGCUGCAGUACCUCCGGCCGUUCAUCUUUGGCCGCUUUGGCGACGCUUCGACAACCAGCAGCACAGAGGUCACAGCAGUCGUCACUCCGGCAAUUCCCACGCAUGUCCCGAAUUCCAAUCCCGCCACUACACUUCCCACCACCUUGCCGACCCCAACAAAGGUCCCGGACCUCUCCACUUACCCAGCUGAAUUUAGGGUCACCGCGCUUUCGGGCUCGUUCACUACCCAAGAUCCUCUAAGCAACGCCACCUCCACCCAAACUCUGCCCACCAAUGGCGAACCAUCCACCCGCGCAGCUGCUUUCGACGCGACCGCAACACAGACUCCAACGCCUCCGAAUUCCUACGUCUCCACCACCGUUGAUCCCGGAACAAGCCUGGCCCACACCAUCGCAAGUGUCGCAGUUUCGAGCGACGCCGCGAAGGCACAAACGUCUCUUUUCUCGACCACACCUGUUACCAGCGAGCCUACAACUUCCGUCACUACGGUUACCAGCCAAGUUACCACCGACACCGAGGCUCCAAGCACGCGUUCCUUCUCGACUCCCGUCACGGGUACCACGGUUACUAGCAAUGUCCCCGCUGCACUUGACGGUGCAACCACUGAGGACCCCACGGCAACCCAGACUAGCGCACCAGGCCAGCUGGGUUCUCUGGUAUCUCGUCUGAUCGACGAGGCUGUGACCGACCCGACAAUCGGCGACCUGCGUCGAGUCACCUUCGCGCCCUGGCCUCCAACGGCGGCGCCCAAGACCUCCGGCGGUGACGGUGGAGCCGACGAGCCCAAGUACCGCUAUUUCUACGACCCAACGCAGGUCAUGCAGGUCCUCUAGACGGCCUGUCUGCUCGUUUUUAAACCCGUGGCGGUACUUUUAAUCCCCGUUCACCGCCUCAUGCGCACCGCCACGCUCCAUAACCCGCCAUUGCAUGCCAGCGUUCAAAAUGCGCAAUAAAACGUGUCUACGCGAACA